CGUAAACGUAGGUGCACUGGUUUCCGGUUGACUGCAGCAUGGCGCCAGGAGGAAGCAUAAACAGACCAAAGACUGAGUUGAAGAAAAAGCUCUUCAAAAGACGUAGGGUUUUAAGUCGACAGAAAAGAGAAAAAAACCGCAUCACAUGGGCUGUGAUUGACAGUGACAUCGUUACAAAACACCAUUCGAAAAAGAGAUGCUCCAGCUCUAGAGCCAACAACACCCUUUCCGGAAAGAAAAGGAGGAAACUGUUGAAGCAGUUGGGAUAUAUGGAGAGAGAUCGAGCUGGCAUGGAAGUGGAGAAAGAGUCACAGAAAAAAACUGCUCCUGCUCCUGUUGCAAAGAAAACAGCAAAAACACAAUCCAAGAAAGCCAAAGAAACAGCCUCGUCUGUGGAUGAAGAAGUGAUGGAUGUUGAAUAGACUUGCCUGUUUUAAGGGAUUGGUUUUUGUAUGGACAUCCCGGUUUAUAUUGUUGGUGUGGCAGCUGCAGCUUACAUCAUGUAGUUAGAAAUGAAACAAUGUUUUAAAAAUGAUCAAGAAAACAUUCUUUAUUGUAUGUACACUGUAUCUGUUGACUCAAGGUUUACAGUACAUCUUUUCACACUAAUGCUCUUCGUUGGUUCUUAACUUGUUUGAAAAAUCAGCUUUGCCUGUUUUGCUCAAGGCCAGCCAUAAACUAUGAUCUGAAAGACCAGCAUGAGUGUUAAAUGUGCAUGCUACAGCUCCUCUGAAAUAAAAUAAAAGUUUUACACCGUGUUUAACACGUUCUUGUCUUUGAC